GAACUGCUCCCUCCCGUCUGCCUCCACAUCCACAGGCAUCCAUCCCUCAGAGACCCAGGAGCUCAGAAGCAGCACUUCACCAAACUGACCUGAAGCUGAGAGCAAAACACGGGUUAAAGAGACAGUUUCAGUAGUAGAAGUAAUAUUUUUCCCUGUUUGCUUCUCUGUUUUCCUGCUGAAAUGGGACUUUAUGGGUUUUUUUUGUGUCUGGCAGUCACUAUCUGUUUAUGGAGGGUGUCCCUACAAGGAGAGCACCAGAGGAGGCUGUACCGAGACCUAAUGAAAAAUUACAACCCGCUGGAGCGGCCCGUCUUUAACGACUCGCAGUCCCUCACUGUAAAUUUCAGCUUCAGCCUGAUGCAGAUCAUGGAUGUGGAUGAGAAGAAUCAAGUCCUCACAUCCAACAUAUGGCUCCAGCUGUACUGGUAUGAUCAUUACCUUAAAUGGAACUUGUCAGACUAUCCUGGAGUGACGAACGUGCGAUUUCCUGAUAAUCAGAUCUGGAAGCCUGACAUCCUGCUGUAUAACAGUGCUGAUGAGCGGUUUGAUGCCACUUUUCACACUAACGUGGUGGUCAGCGCCGACGGCUCCUGCCAUUAUUUGCCCCCAGGGAUUUUUAAAAGCACCUGCUACAUCGAUGUGAAGUGGUUCCCCUUUGAUGUUCAGCGCUGUGCUCUGAAGUUCGGCUCAUGGACGUACGGGGGCUGGUCACUGGACCUGCAGAUGAUGGAGGCUGACAUCUCAGGCUAUAUCGCUAAUGGAGAAUGGGACCUUGUAGAAGUCCAGGGUCAGAGGAACGAGAAGUUCUACGACUGCUGCAGGGAGCCGUACCCAGACGUGACGUUCACCGUGGUGAUGAGGAGACGCACGCUGUACUACGGCCUGAACCUGCUCAUCCCCUGCGUGCUCAUCUCCACCCUGGCCCUGCUGGUCUUCCUCCUGCCCGCUGACUCAGGCGAGAAGAUCUCUCUUGGGAUCACAGUGCUGCUCUCACUGACGGUCUUCAUGCUGUUGGUGGCAGAGAUAAUGCCUGCAACAUCGGACUCAGUGCCGUUAAUUGCCCAAUAUUUUGCCACUACCAUGGUGAUUGUGGGCUUGUCUGUGAUCGCCACAGUGUGGGUCCUGCAGUACCACUACCACGAUCCUGAUGGAGGAAAAAUGCCAACAUGGACGCGAAUAGUGCUGCUUAACUGGUGUGCGUGGUUCCUGAGGAUGAAGAGGCCCGGGGAGGACCGGGUACGGCCCUGCCACAACAAGCAGCCCCGCAGCAGCAUCUCCAGCGUGGAGCUCAGCACGGGGGUGCCGCAGUCCACCAACGGGAACAUGCUGUACAUCGGCUUCCGCGGCAUGGAGAGCAUGCCCUACGCCACCUCUCCGGACUCCGGGGUGAUCUGCGGGCGGCUGGUGAGCGCGGGAGAGGAGGACGUGCUGCUGUCCACCAACCCGGCUCCCUCCAUCAGCAGCGGCGGCCACGUAGACACCGAGCUGGCCAAGAUCCUGGAGGAGGUGCGCUAUAUCUCCAAGCGCUUCCGCGACCAGGACGAGGAGGAGACCGUGUGCAGCGAGUGGAAGUUCGCCGCCUCAGUCAUCGACCGCCUCUGCCUCAUGGCCUUCUCCAUUUUCACCAUCCUCUGCACCAUCGGCAUCCUCAUGUCUGCCCCUAACUUCGUGGAGGCCAUCUCCAAAGACUUCUUCUCCUGAACCCCAGAAUUAAACACUAACGAUGUUCUCCUUAGCUUUUAGGCAUUUACAAAAUGCAUAAUAACUGUGUUCUGUUUUAAGCCUUUUAGAAGCGGUCUGGCGAGCAAAUCAAAUAUAUAAUACCUAAUUUUUUACUCAUCAUACAUAGAGUCCAUCGGCCAAGAUGUGUUUGGUGUCUGAAUUUGGUUUAUUUUGUUUGGUGUGGGAACUACAUGAUGUACAAGGCUUCCAAAAAAAUCAUUCCUAACCCAAAAUCAUAUUUUUCUGCCCAAAAAGCAUCUCAAUCCACGCAAAUGUAUGUCGGCUGUUAGUAAAUCCAUUAAGGCCCAGAACAUGGAACAAGUGUUAAAGCAAACAUACAGUAGGCAUUUCAGAUUACCCAGAAUGUUUUUAUUUUUUGGUUUUGCAUAGUUGUCUUUAAAAGACACAAAAGGCAUUAUAUCUAUAGCUCUUUUUUCUAGUCAACUGUCAUGGCGGUAACCUGAUUUCGUUUAUAUAGACAGUGUGAUUUAAAAUUACUUGGGAGACUGGGAUACGAUCUUUUUUCACAGACUUCCAUAGAAAAUGAAUUUCUCCUCUAUAGUUGACUAAUACAGGUAGUUUUUCCUACAAUGCCAUAUGUACAGAAAGGAAGGAGAAAAUCACAACUGUAACAAUUUUAGGAAAGUGGUCAACAGCAAUGCAAGUGCCAAGGCUAUGGAGGCUCAGCAGCUUGAAGUCCCAUCUAGGCAUUGCAAAGGGUUUUGUUUCUGAUAGUUGUGAUCUGUAGACAUUUAUAAAAUACUACAGACCCAGACUUUAGUAAAACUACUUUAAGUGCUCUUUCAAAAAGUGACUUUUAACUAGUAGAAGUUGAAGUGUUCUUUAAGCUCCAUACUUAAGUAAAAGUACUAAAGUAUUCAACAUUUUUUGUACUUAAGUAUUGCAAGUAGGUUAUAGUCAAAUGUAGUACUGAAGUACUGAAAGUAAAGGUACAGUACUGUGUUAUUAGUGUAGUUUUUACAGAAAGCAGUGGAAAAUUAGCAGAGCUAAAGGCAGAACAGGAGCAGCGAGAUUGUCUUAUAAGAUCAGCUUGAUCUCUUGAUUCACUCAAUGCUGAGCAGCUUUAUCAAACACGAUGACAGAGCCGAGCAUCUAUCACUCUGGCUUUAGUGACAAUGUGGGUUUAGAAUGAUUUCUAACAUUGUUAUAAUUGUAACGAUGCAGCACAUAAACAAUGAAUCAGCAUAAAAGUAUUAAACUCAUCUAAAAUAUGUAGUAAAGUAAAAAUGAAAGUGGAAGUAGGAAAAAAAAUAAGUACUGUGACUUACUUGACAGGUUGAGAGAAUCUGGGCAGGUAUUUGUGAAACUGAAAGACUCUAUUAGCAACAUUUGGUUAAAGAUAGAUACAAAACAUGUCCUGAAGCGUUAAGUCUAAAAUCCAAAAUAUUCCUUUAAAUACCCAGUUCAGACAGAAAUGCUGAUGUUGCUAACAGUAAAUGAAAGUUAAUAGCCUUUAUUUAGCAUCAUGCGGUUAGAUGUCUGUUUAGCACUUUUAUUCUCUCCCAUAUGAAAGGAUCAUAUUACAUAGUUUAUAUUUCAUAUCAUAUAACUUCUCAUAUAAUGUCCAAAUUUAAUAAAUACAAAAAUAAGUCUAUUUCUUUAGACAUAUUUGGUGUGCAUAUAUGACCCAUACACGUUUACAUAUAUUGUUGCCUUAUUUAUGGCAAUCACUUACAUAUCCAAAUUAGAUAAAUCUGUGUAUUUCAUAUACAGUAUGUUCAAGUAGAUGUGGUUUGCAUUAAUUGCACAUGCAGUUAAUUGUCACUAUCUUUUUUUAUAUUGUGUCACAAUCAAUAGUAAUGCUCCAAAAAUAAUUUUACAUUGCCUUCCAUUUAAAUUCAAAUGCCUGUUUUCCUUCUCCUGUUAAGAUUCAAGGUUUUUACAUGACAGUGAUGAUAUGUUACGUAUAUGUGUAUGUUUAUUUUACAUAUUUCGAUAUAUUAUUACACAUAACUUCAAAUAAAUGUGGUGAAUGUGAUCAUAGUCAAAUAUGAGAAAUGAAGACAAUACAGCAUAAAAAGCUUUAUCACCUUUGUUUUAGGGUUUUGUUGCUGACAUGAGUUCUGCUCCUGUUUGCCUGCUGUAGUUGAUGAAUAAGGGUUUAAGAAAGCAUCUGGACAUCAAGACAAAAGAUUUGUUGUUAGACAGUAAGUACAUAUUAAUAAUACUAAUAAAUUUAAAGAUUUAUUUUUAUGUUUGACCACUUGCACUUUGUUCAUAGAACAAAUACCUUAUAUACCACCAUCCAAUACACAUUUUACACUUGUGUGUUCACUGGUUAACUGUGUAUUAAUCAUUAAUGAUCAUGUGUGGCACAUAGCAUUUCACAGGUAACAUCUGUGUGAUACACUCAUUUUGAUGUUUGUGUGACAGACAUCUGGAAACAGCACAACCAUAGUAUGUCCUGCAAUAUUGUGCAAUCAAGGACAUAAAGGUUUUUGUUUUUGAUGGUCAUCAAAAUGAAUGCAAACUGUCAGCAGUUCUGUAGAGUAGGUAGACUCACCAGCCAGCUGACAUAGGCUAGUGUGUAGUUGAAUAAGAAAAGUAAAAGGAAAUAUAUGUGCAUGUUAAUGGGGUGAACACGCGCAUAGAGACUGCAUGAGAAACCCGAGUGUGGACGGCUUCAUUCCCCUGAUUCAGAUCCUGCUGAUGAGCAAGUCUGGUCGAGGCCAGUGCUGUUGUAGCAGCUUUAGAGUAGAUUAGAGACAGUAAAUGCAUUUACAGCACGAUACAAUAUCAGUUUAUUAAUCUUUAUACAAUACAACUGCUCCACACCGUCACAACCACAACAGUGUGCACACAGCACCAGGAUUCUAACACGUUUAACACUUUUGUGUUGUCAUCAGUGUGGCAAAAGGAGUGAAAUGAACACAGAGAGCUUGUGUGUGUAUUUUUCUUUUUGUCACAUAUAUUCUGUAAAACGCUGUAUCUUUACAUAUCGCUGACCACAGGCCUUAAAACUCGAGUAACAACUGGGAAAGCAGAUAUAUGUCAUCAAGCAGCUGCACAGGCCUGAGAUUCCUUUCUUUUUUAUUUCUUUCAGAGUGACUUUACGAUGUGUUGUUAUAAAUAAACUUAUUUUUCUAUAUCAAAAA